UCAAGCGUCAGCAUGAAAUUGCACCUUUAUGUGUAUUAUUUCUAUCCCUGUUAAAGUAAAUUGUCUCAGAAAAAAAGAAAGAAAGAAAGAGAGAGAGAAAAAAGGGUUUUAAAUUAUUCGGUAGGGUAUAUAUACUGAAGUUUAUUGUUAAUUAAUUGUGAAAAAUAGGUUGAAUAAAUAUUUCACAGUCUCACUGGGAUGAUAAGACAUGAGUUAGUGACUUUAAAUUCUAAAUCAUCCUCGAUGGGUACAACCAUAUCAAAAUAUUGGUGCUCCCAGAUAGUUGUGAAAUAAAUAAUAAAAACAAAUUGCAGAUAAUCGAAUAGAACAAUUGUCACUAAAAUUUGUAUUAUUUUUAAACUUGGUUUUACAAUAAUACUAUUUCAUAUUCUCUCCAUAUAUAUAUAUAUAUAAUUAAAUUGAAAGAUUUGUUAUUCUAAAGUAUACUAAAGAAAAUUGUUAGUUACACAGUAUUUUUAUUUUAAUGUUUUUCAAUAUAACUUGAAAACUUGAUCAAUUUUGGAAUUAUCAAUGAAAAUUGAUAGUUCACUAAAUUUAAGAGCAAUAAUAAUUUGUUAGUGAUUAAUGGAUGAAGAUAAUAGUAAAAGAAUGAGAGGUAGAACGCGUGGAAGAGCUCGUGGACGAGCACGAGGACGGAUCCGAGGUCGAGCUAAAAAAGCUGUUAAGGUAAUAGAAAGUGAUGAAGAAGACACUCCCCAAAUAACAGAGCAAACUCAAAAAGAAUCCGAAGAAGUAUACACCGAUAAGACUGAUUUUGAAACUAAUCAAGAUCAGCUGCAAACACAACCAUCCUCUUUAGAGCACCAGUUUGAUUUAGAAGCAGAUAUAUCACAACUAGAAGCUCCCACUUUCACGACAAUUAAUCGUGGGCCUCCAGAACCUAUGCUGCGUUUGCGAUGGGAUCAUCGUGUCAACCUGAUUGGUGAAAAAGUUCUCAAUCCGAUGAUCCACUGUUGUGACAAAUGCCUUAAACCAAUUCUUAUUUAUGGGCGAAUGAUACCAUGUAAACACGUAUUUUGUUUAUUUUGUGGUAAAAGAGAAGAUAAAGUAUGUCCUCGAUGUACGGAAAAAGUUUCACGAGUUGAGCAAACUGGACUUGGCACAGUAUUUAUGUGUACUCAUGGAGGUACCAGGUAUGGUAAUGGUGGUUGUCGAAGAACUUAUCUUAGUCAGCGUGAUUUACAAGCUCAUAUAAAUCAUCGACAUGUAUCGGGUCCAACACAGCCUGUUCAAGGAAUCCAAGUUGAUUCAUCACAGUAUAUUCAUCCAAAAUCUGAUAUUGACACACAGCCGGGAAAGAUGUUAUCUACAUCAGUUCCAACAGUUCGAAUUAAGCAAGUAUCAUCUCAUAUGGUACAGCCUGCAAUAGGAAAUGAUCCGCGUGUAAAUUCCGUAAUAAAUCAAUCAUCACUUGAGCAUCGGCAACAGCAUAGAUCACAACAGAUUAUGCCAAUGCAAAGCUAUCCUCAAAAUUCAACACCUUUGUCAAGUAAUCCCCCUAUGAGAACAAAUCUCAUAACCGUCCCUAUUCAAGAUACCACAAUUAUGGCACAUGAAUUACAUUCUCAACAAAAUCAUUAUUAUCCACCGCAGUCAUCACAAGUAAAUUAUGGGGUAUAUAAUGUACCUCCACCAGUUUCACAGGCGCAAAAUUAUUACCCUGCACAACAUUCUGGGCAAGUAUCUUACGCUAUUGCACAACCACAACAACAGUAUAUAGUUUCGGGUCCAGCAUCUGUCCGUCCAUCUCCCAACGGUUACAUACAAGAUGCUCAGUAUGCUCCUCAACAGCAAAUUCCUCCACCGCAGUCUCAAUGGCCACAACAUCGUCAAUUUUAUAGAUAAAUGCAGUGUUUACUUGAAUUAAAAAAUAUUUUUUUUUUAAAAAGUGCGUCGAAAUUUCUUGUUAAUACUUAUUUGAAAUACUUGUAAAAUUAAGUUUAAAUUUUAAUGAGUCUUUUUUUUCGCAGCAGUAGUUAGGAAAAUUGAUAUUCAUUUACAAUAAUAAGUAUAAAUAAAUAUCUUUUAUUAAAGAAGUAA